AUAUCUGCUACAAGCAUCAUUGCAGAAAUGGUUGCAGUUCUUAGUGAUCAGAUUGUAUGCAUUCCCUUUGUACACUUUUGAUAGUUCUUCCAUCACUCCCCUCACCUCUGCCAGACCCAUCUCUGUCCAUCCAAUCAAGAUCGCCUUCCUAAAAGUAAACCCAUCACACUGUUUUGGUUCUCCUUCAAAAAUCCCUGUCGUCGGAUGAUGUCCAGCCGCCAGAACACUGUUGACAGAGAGAGAGCGAAGCGGAGGGAUGUUGGGGAAGAGGCUAAUCUCCUUCCUGAAGAGAACUCCAUCAAGCAGCAACAGCAGCAGCUCGGUGAAGUCGGAACCGAAGACCAAAUCAUGGGGUCGCAAGGCGGUUUCCGGCGCCUUCAUUUGCCUCACCAGCGGUGUUGCUUUGAGUGCCCUUGAUGACCUUAUCAUUUAUCAUGGCUGUAGCAGCAAGGCCAUGGAGAGAGCUAGUAAAAACCAGGCAAUUAUAGAUGCCAUUGGGGAGCCUAUUGUAAGAGGUCCUUGGUACAAUGCAUCACUUGCAGUUGCUCACAAGAGACAUUCUGUAUCUUGCUCAUUUCCCGUUUCUGGACCCCAAGGUUCUGGAAUCUUUCAGUUGAAGGCGGUUCGUAAUGGAGAUGACAGCUGGUUUUCAUUUUUACGGUCACGUGACUAGGAAAUCCUUAUUAUGGAAGCUCUCCUCCAUGUUCCCUCAAAUGAAGAGAAGCAGCAAACAUUCCGGAUUAGUGUUUCAGACUUCCCUCCUCCAGUUUGCAAGCCAUGUACUGAUUGCAGCUCUCCCGAAUCAGCAGUCACCAGCAGAGAAGAAAUGAAAAGUUGAACUAGUUGUUAUAUGAGAAUGUUA